AUGUUUAGGGGUCGACCCAAUGACAAGUAUGGUAUGGUUAGACCACCCGUUCCUGAUCCGAAUGAAGUACUUAAGGAAAUUAAACCGCAAUACUAUGACCAGAGACUCAACCAUUUUGACGCUAAAGAUAACCGCACUUUCAAACAGCUGUAUUACACCGAAGAUUCGCACUACAAAUCUGGUGGACCGCUAUUUGUGAGGAUAGGGGGUGAGGGAACCGCCCCUCCAGAAUUCAUCACCAGUAGUGCCAGUUUUAUGGUGAAAAGUGUUAAACAAUUCAACGCAUUUAUGGCA